AGCAAACAUGGCGGCGGCCGUCGACAGUGUUGUGAAAGUGCUGGGAGAGCAGUAUUACAGAGAUGCCAUGGAGCAGUGUCACAGUUACAACGCUCGACUGUGUGCUGAGCGCAGCAUCCUCAUGCCCUUCCUGGACUCUCAGACUGGUGUGGCUCAGUCCAACUGUUACAUCUGGAUGGAGAAGAGACACCGGAGCGCAGGUGUAGCUCCAGGGCAGCUGUACACCUACCCAGCCCGUCGCUGGAGGAAGAAACGGCGUUCUCAUCCCCCCGAGGACCCCCGCUUGGCCUUCCCUUCUCUCAAAGCAGAUUUGGACUUGGGACUGAAGCGUGAAACUUUGGGGGCCGUGGAUGGCAGCAGUCUGGAGGCCCUGCUGAAGGGGGAGCCCCUUGACAGGAGGAGCGGAGUAUCAGACCUCCGUGGCCCUGAGAAUGAUGAAGCCACUGUGGAGCCUCCUGCCACCUCGGCGACCACUCACACAUCUUCUGGGCGUAUCCGCAAGAGAGUCCUGGACCACGACGACUACUUGGAUGACCUUGAUGAUGAUGACUUUGAGGAUGAGACCCCCAAGAGGCGAGGCAAGAGCAAGUCCAAGGGUCGCAGUGACAAGAAUGGCAAGAAGAAGACUGAGGCUGCAGCUGCAGCAAUGGAGGAGAGGGACAAACCAUACGCCUGCGACAGUGACCGCCAUCACCAUAACACUUUUGUAUCACCAUGUGUGUGUGUGUCAGUCUGUGGGAAGCGCUACAAGAACCGUCCAGGCCUGAGCUACCACUAUACACACUCUCACCUGGCAGAGGAGGAGGGCGAGGACCGCGAGGAGAUCGAGGCACCACCCACUCCUCGCCAGCCUGAGGAGCAGAAGACAACUAAGAAGGGUCCGAACGGACUGGCGCUGCCCAACGAUUACUGCGACUUCUGUCUGGGAGACUCCACCUUAAACCAGAAGACCGGCCAAUCGGAAGAGCUGGUAUCCUGCUCAGACUGUGGACGCUCAGGCCACCCAACGUGCCUGCAGUUCACACCCGUGAUGAUGGCAGCAGUGAAGACCUACCGCUGGCAGUGCAUUGAGUGCAAGUGCUGCAACGUCUGCGGCACCUCAGAGAAUGAUGACCAGCUGCUGUUCUGUGACGACUGUGACCGAGGCUACCACAUGUACUGUCUAACUCCCCCCAUGACUGAACCCCCCGAGGGGAGCUGGAGCUGCCACCUGUGCCUGGUUCUGCUGAAGGACAAAGCCUCCAUAUACCAGCAGAACCAGAGCUCCGCCCCCGAGUGACAUCACACCCAAUAGUCUCGCCCCCUCUGCAACGGGACCCCCCCAUCCCCGGGCAAAAAAAUGUCAGACCUCCUCUCUCUCUCUCAGGACAGAGUGUCAGACUCUGUCUACAUGUAGCUGAGCCAGACUGCAGAUCAGCUUCAGAAGUGUCUACUGGGGGGACUCGAAACCAAAACAGACCUCAGACCAGUCAGCGUGGGGAUCAAACCGUCACUACCAACCUGCCUGCAAAGCCCCCCGAGGCUUGCUGUCCAACCAGUAAAUAUCAUGCGUAUAUACAGUGUAGAAACACACUUUCUCUCUCAUGGACUGUUACACACACUAGAUACAGAGACCAUGCAGUAACCAUAGUAACUGCUGUCUCCAUGGGAGCUCCCAGGAGCAAAUGGAUUAGCAUCACAGCUAAUUAUCUGCACCCUUUCACACUCAAAGACACAGUGUGGACUGUGGAGACCAGUUAGGUUUUUUUUCUGCCAAAUUAUCUAUUUUUACUCCCUUAAUGUGGGGUCAGAAAAAAAUCAUCACAUACUGUAAAUGUAUUUUCAAAAUGAAUCCUGUUGUCAAGGAGUAUUAUUAUUAUUAUUAUUAUUAUUAUACUUAUUAUUAUUAUUAUUGAUAUUACUGUUCUGGUUACUAGUGGACUUUUGUAGUGGCAUUUGUCUGUGUACCUUUGUCUCAUCCAUCAGAACAUUUAUCUUUUAUGAAGAGGUUUCUCUUGAGAGCCGGUCAGUGCCAAGGUCCAUCACCACAGGAAUUGACACACGACAAUGACCCGUCACUCUGCUCGACACGCAGCUUUUCAUCACCACUUUAAACCAGCUACACAUCUAAGAAGGUCAAAACUUUUGAGUCUUAAACUCAUGCCAACAAUAAGAAAAAACCUUUUUCGGCCUCAACUCAUUAAGCCAGGAGCACAACAUUUUUUGGCCUCGCUACUUAAACCAUCUCUUUCCGUUAUUUGAUUUAAGGUAAAACACUACAACACUGAGCAAACACUGUAGUAGGUCGGGUUCAUGAGACUAAAUCAUUUCACAUAAUUUCUCCAUCAAACCAAUCUGCAUCAUCUUACUUACUGAUUUUAUUGAUAAGUUAAGAUGAUGUUGAUACUGGAUCCAUAUUUUAGCCUGCUGUGUGUUCACUAUAUGAAACCUGUAACCAUAAAGGCACAUUCCUCCUUUUUCUCAGACACUUUUUUUUUCUUCUUAAACCAACACACACACUCACACGGUCACCUACUGUAGCUGCUUAUCAUUUGUCACACUGAGGCAGAUUUGCAUGCAGAUUGCACCUGUAUGAAUGCGCACACACACAUCAUUGUUUGUUUUUCUUUUUCUUAACAUUUUAUAUAACCUGUUAUGUCAUUGGUAUUGGGAGUUUUUUCUAGUAGGAUUUUGUAAAGUCUAUGGUAUAGCAAACACUUCAAGCAUAUAGCUCCUAAUGCAUUCUAUGUACUGUAUUGACUUUUUCUAUUUUUGUUAUGACUGUGACAUGUUUGAAUUUAUUUGAUUAUUCUGAUAUGUCAGACCUCCAUUAUGAGUAUUUGUAAAAUGAUGUACUUUGUUGUACUAUUUUUAUUUUUUACAUUUCUUUGGUAAUGAAGCCGAUUUAGCCUGACUGAAAUAAAAAUCACUUCGAAUUUGAA